AUGUACCUCAACAGAUUAAUCAACAGUUUCCCCAAACCAAAAUCAAACUACUUCAAAUACAGACAUCUAAGUACAAAUCCUUGCAAUAUCCAAUGCGAUGUAGCAGUAGUUGGUGCGGGCAUCGUAGGCACUUCGAUAGCCAGAAAGUUGAAACUCCAACACUCCACUCAGAAAGUUUUGCUUGUAGAAAAAGAGUGCACUGUGGCGAAACACCAGAGCAGCCACAACAGUGGCGUAAUGCACUGUGGCGUCUACUACACAACGAAAAGUUUAAAGGCUAAAUUUUGCGUCCAAGGAAUUGAUUUGUUGCAAAAAUAUUGUGAAGAAAAAAACAUCAAAUUUAAUAAGUGUGGCAAAUUAAUUGUGGCAAAGGAGUGUAGUGAAGUGGGCGUUUUGGAGAAGUUACUACAGCAAGGAGAAGCCAAUUGCAUCAAAAACCUCAAACUACUAGAAUCCCAAUGCGAGAUCCAAGAAAUUGCUCCUGGAUGUCGUGGUAGUGGAGCUCUUUGGUGUCCACAAACUGCCAAUGUUGACUUCAAAGAGAUUACUCAACAUUUUUUGAAAGAUUUUCAAGAUGCUGGUGGCAAGACACUACUAAACACUGAAAUUGUUAGCAUCGCCCAAUCAGAUAAUUGCGAAUAUCCUUUAAAUUUAAUUUCGCAAGAAGGCCUCACAAUCCAAUCGAAAUACGCUAUUGGUUGUGGGGGUUUGCAAUCAGACAGCUUAACCAAGCUACUAAAAAAUGGUUGCACACCUGAUCAGUAUUUUAUUUCUUUGAAAGUUGACUACCAAAAAAUUGAUUCAAAAUAUUGCGAAAAUUUGCAAACCAAUAUUUAUCCAGUUCCAGAUUUGGAACUGCCAUUUUUAGGAGGUCAUUUUAGCCCGCAACUUGAUGGCAGUAUUUUAUUGGGACCUUACGCUUUGCCUGCCUUGAAAGUAGAAGGAUAUUGCAACGAAGAAGUGAAUAUUAAUUAUAUGUCAAAACUAAUAACUUCGUGCGGAUUUCGUAAUAUGGUAAUACGUAAUUUUUCGAAAUGCGUCAGUCAGGCUAGUAAAGCUUUGUGCAAUGAAGUGCAGAUUAAAGAUCUUCAACAGUUGCUACCUAAUUUUUCCUAUCAGUUAGUGGAAAAAGGCCCAACUGCUGUCCAGUGUCAACUCUUGAACCGUGACGGUACUUUUGUGAACGAUUUUGUUUUCGAUAUUUUUAAUUCUAAAGGAAUCGGCGAGCGGAUUAUAAAUGUUAAGUUUACUCCUAGCCCUGCUGCUACAAGUAGUUUGGCUAUUGCAAAUUAUAUUGUAGAAGAAUAUUCUAAGAAGAUUUCACAAUAA